CGCCAUGAAGCUUAUCUGUCAAUCGUAACGAUCGAAGAGUGGAACAUCAAGGAGAGGUCGUGGAGGAUUUUUACCAUCUAGCCACCAUCGCCGUUCGCCAAUUACACCAUGGCUGAUACCGAAAAGGCGCCGCAGCCGCAGCCCCAACAGCAGCAGCAAUCGGAACAACCAGCUCAGCCGCAACAAGCUAAAGCGGCGGCUAAACAAAAGCAGGUCAUCGCUGAGAAAGUUUCGGGUACUGUGAAAUGGUUCAAUGUGAAGAGCGGAUAUGGUUUCAUCAACAGGAAUGACACCAAGGAGGAUGUGUUUGUGCACCAAACUGCAAUUGCCCGGAAUAACCCACGUAAGGCUGUGCGCUCGGUCGGCGACGGAGAGGCGGUGGAGUUCGCCGUGGUCGCCGGGGAGAAAGGCUACGAGGCGGCCGGAGUGACGGGCCCCGGCGGCGAGCCUGUCAAGGGCUCGCCCUAUGCAGCUGACAAACGCCGCGGCUUCCAUCGCCAAUAUUACCCCCGUCAAGGCGGCGGACGGGGCGGUGAAGGCGCUCCACGUAGAGGUAUGGGUAGACGCGGGCCCCCGCCCAACCAGGGGGGCGCUCAGGGGGAUGAGGGGCAGGAGGGCAGCGCACCACCACAGCGCAGUUACUUCCGCCGCAACUUCCGUGGAGGACGUCGCGGCGGCGGGCCGGGCCCGAUGAACCGCGGCGGAUACCGACGCGCUCGCCCGCGCAACUACCAGGGCCAAGGUGGAUCUGCGCCUGCCGGACAAGGGAACCAAAGCCAACGCCAGAAUGGCCAGGAGGGCGAUUCCCCAGCCACUGCCUCCUCCCCGCAGCCACCGCAGCAGGCUAAGCCCAAGAACAACAACAAACCAGCCGGUACCACCAUUGAGACAACCACCAAUGAGAGCCAGGCCUAAACACCUGCAGCCGUACGGAGUGGCACACUCCCUCAAUGUAGUGCAUGUUAAUUCUAGAUGUGCCACACGUCCAUCACAACUAUCUGUCUCGUCUGUUCAACUGAAGAGUGUUCGUUUUAAUGUUGUUGCAGACAUUCUCUAAGAUCUACUGUUAACAUCAAUUAUUUGUCUCGGUGAUAAUGUUGGAGGGGGUUUUAAAUAUGGAACUGCAUAGGUAUCAUGGAUCAGAGAUGUGAUAUUUUUAUUAUUAAAUUAAUAUAUUGUCUUGUUUGAAUGUUUGUACUUGCAAUAUUUGGUUGUAUAACAUUAGAUUGUGUACACUAUUUUAACAGUUUGAAAUUUUCAAAACAAUCAUAUGUAUGUACACAUUUUCAGAGUGAUUUUAAUCUCCAAGGGGAUAAAAUAAAUGUUGUGCAAUGAAAUAAUAAUAAUAUUUAUAUAUAUAUAUAUAUGUAGAUAAAUUGAGAAAUGAUGUGCAGGUUCCAAUGCCCCAAGACGUAACUUUAACGCAAGUCCUUUUUAUUUUUAAAUCUAAUGCAUAUGUUUUGUAUGCUGACAUUAUUUUAACCAUACCCUAUUUUAAUUUUAAUUUGUUUUCAUACCAAGUCUUGGUAUGUCAGGUAUUUUUACUUGUUUGUUUCCUUGAUUGUGGGCAACAAUUGAAAACCAUACUUUUCGACAACAGCUUGGGCGUCGAUUAGUUUGUAGAUUGUUAUACCGUAAAUUGCAAGGAAAUUCAUCAGUUUAUGGUAUAUCAGUUUUCUUAGUCCAUAUUUUUAAAAUGUGUCCUAUUUUUUAGUUCUAAAUUUUUUUUGCAUAAUAUCAUCUCUUAUGUCAAAUUGCGUAUUAUAACCAAACUUUUUUUUAUUUGCAUUUUUAGUAUUUUAACUUGAAAGGUAAUUAUUUUUUUCUUGAAUGAAUGUAAAACUUAACACUCUCAGAAAAUAAUAAACUUCUUUUUACCUGUGUGAAA